AUGGAUCCGGGUCCCUCCGUUGCCGCUUAUUACCCGCAAGCCGCCAACGCAGCCGCUCUGCCACCCGCAGUACCCUCAGCUAAACUGGAGGAGGCGUUCGCAGAGCUUACCGUCAUAUGUCCCGCGCUCGGCGAGCUGGCGAAGUCCUGCGUGCUGCAGGGAGGGGAGGAGCAGCUCACGUUCAGCGACGUGGUGAGGGAGCUGGAGGAGCGGGUCAUGCCCGCCCUGGCGGUCACCAUGCGGCAGUCCUGUAGGCGGGCGCAUUCCGGUGCCCAGACCGCCUUACCGGCUGUGUCAGGACUGUUGAUGGCCAGAGCAACAGCGAGCGAGCGGCCCGAGCAGCAGUCAACGUUUCGGAGGCUGCUGGCUGCAGCAUCAAGUGUGCGUUUGGGCCGUUCUCAGCAUCAGCACCAUCUGCAGCAAAUGGUGGUAAUGGAGGAAGGCGGCAGCGGCGGCAGCAACACCGGCGGCGGUGGGCAGCGACUUCAAGGGGGAUGGAGGCGUGGAAGUUCGGGCGAGGCCAGGGGUAAUCGCAGGAGUUUGCAGCUGACACCGGCGGUUGAGGGUGGCCCCCGGAGGAAGCCGGGAAGGUCAAAUCACGUCACACGGGAGGACCUUUUGUUCGACAUCUUCCCUCCCAAGGUCGCCAGUGCGCUGCAGGCCGGGGAGGCGGUGCAGCCUGAGCGCUACGACUGCGUCUCCAUCUUCUUCUCGGAUGUGGUGGGCUACACAGAUUUGUGUAGCAAACUUCAGCCCAACGAGGUCAUGGACCUAAUGCACCGCCUCUACUCGCUCUUCGACGACCUGAUUCGGGACCUUGAGCUGUUCAAGGUGGAGACGGUAGGCGACGCCUACCUCGCAGUCGGCAACCUGUGCUACCCGCAGCCCGACUGCCACGCGCGCCUCAUGACGCAAUUCGCCUUCGCUGCCAUGGCUGCUGCCACCUCCCUCCCCAUCCACCCCGGAAACCCCGAGCUGGGCUGCGUGCACAUCCGCGUGGGGCUGCACUGCGGCCCCGUGGUGGGCAGCGUGGUGGGCACCCUCAACCGGCGCUACUGCCUGUUCGGGGACGCGGUCAACACGGCAGCGCGCAUGGAACACAACAGCGAGGCGGACCGAGUGCACUGCAGCGCGGCGUUUGCGGCAUUGCUGCAGGAGCAAUGGCCGGAAGGGGCGCAGGUCACGAGCCGAGGCGUUAGGCAGAUCAAGGGCAAGGGGCCCAUGGAAACCUUCUGGGUGGAGGAGCGACCGCUGCACCGGAGUGGCACCGGCCUGGGCAACGACGACUGCGGAGGUAUCGUAAGUGGCGCUGCAGGGGAUGCGGCUGUCACCAUCGAAGGCGAUAUAGGCCUGACCUUCGGCACAUGCGCCCAACAUGGCGCGUUCGAAGAGGAACUGUUUAAGACGUUGAUGGAGUAGGGAGCGGGAAGUCCGUGUGCUCGAUUGCCCCUGUCCUCUGAGGAGGGAAACGGCUGCUGGGAGGUAGUAAGUUGGCUGCGGUUCCGUCUUUUAUUUUGUUCACUUAUGGCUGCUCUGCAAUGCCAAAUCCCGUCCGGUAACCUUUGGUUGCUUGCCAUACAUGACUCCAUCCUGCUGUCCUGCUGGGAGAAAGGGAGGGAGCCGUCCAUGAUUACACCCAAUUUUUGAUGUGCGAGCGAUUGUAAUGGAAUUGCAGAAAUAGCCUUUGAGCGCUUUGUUUAUUUAUGUUCAGUCCCUGUCGCCAUGGCUAUUUUUUGAGGGUCUAGCGUCUCGGAUCCCAACUGCCAUUAUUGUCACGAGCUCAUGCAUGCCAUGCAAUAAGCAUGUUUAUCUGUGGCGAGCAGAAGUCCGAGUGUGAAAGGAGUUCUCUCGCUGGCUAACAACCAUUAAGGGCUUUAGGAUCGUUGGCGGUGGCCUAUUCGUACACGUACAUUGCUAUUGUCGUCAUGCUUGCCGGAAAUGUGCCUGCGUGCAUGCCUGGGAUUGCCGCUCCACGUUUUGUCCCAGCAAUGGGUUUCACCAAGACAAAGGUAGCGUGUCAAGGUUGGGGUGUGCUCCCUGCUCCUUACUCGCUACACACUGCAGCCUAACAGUGAGGCUGAGGUGCGGAAGCUAUAGUUAUCAAUAAUAAAUCGUAUUCCCUCUCCGUUACUCGACGCGAUCUCGCCGUACGUUGUCAUUGCUCCCCUCGAAGUUGUUUGCCAUGUACGCUGACGUUGGCAGCGGUAACUUCUGACGAUUCUCCCAAACCCUGUGGGGUGACGGACGGAGACGCGCUGGCUUGGUGACUCUUUCCGUCUUUGUAUCCUAACUAGUUGUGGCAAUGGGGUCGUUGGGCUUGAGGGACAGCGCGCAUGUCAUUUACCGUAGGCUGUGAAGUAUGGCAAAGUGGAAUACUGUGACUGCAUGCCGCGUGCGGUAUACGGUGGUUGCAAGUCAUACCUUGGUCUGGGUUACAUGAGAUGCACGCCAUGACGGGAACAUGGGGAUAAUUAAUGAUUGCGGGUUGUGACUAUUUAAUAAAAGAGCGCGUGUAAAUUGCAAGUAAGUGCUGCC